AUGUUUGACUUUGAGGAAGUUGACAAUGCAGCGAACAUCGUUGUCAGGGUUGUUUCAGCCAAUGUCCCUGAAAUUGACGAGGUUGCUUUCAUGCAGAGGGGCACUCGCCAAAACCCUCAUAGCCAGCGCGGUUCUGGCAACCAAAGAGGAGGAAGAGGGAGCAACGAUGGCUUUUGCUUCAAUGCCGACGCUGCACCUUUUGAGCCUGACAGAUUGCCACUUGAUCACCAAUCAGCAUUUGUACAAGUUCUUUUCCGUCUCUGGGACUUGCGUGCAUUUGCGUGGGAGAAUGAAGAUAGGUCCACUCUGGUCCACACCUUCUUUGUCGACCACACGGACAUCAUUCCCAUAUGCUCUCCUGGCAGAAUGGUUCGAAUCUACUCGGACUUUGGUCACUGGCAGCAAAAACUCAAACAAGCUUGGAGAGACAAAGUUCGUGAAGGGAGUGAUUUGGAAUUUCUUGUGGUUUCACCUACACCUUCAUUGCUGGAAGCGGAAGUUGCGGCUUGUGUCCUUCUGGUGCAGUCGCCACGUGCUGACAUUGUUUCCGUUGUGGUCUCGGUGUUCGAGGGUGAAUUCAGGCCUUUUCAGCUGAGAGCUCGCAUUACUGUCACGGUUUGGACCAAUAUUUAUUUGGAACAUAUUUUGACUUCCAUUGGCUACUUUGACGCAGUGCUUGGCAUGCGACCCACUCAUCAAUGCUGGGCUUGGCAUGGUGACACACCACUGCGCUGGGGACAGCCAUUACCAGGCAGCAAUGGAUUUGGUAUUGUUGUGCAUCUUCGACGCCUGCCACCGCUUCCUCCACCGGUUGCAGCUGGGGACGAAGUUGUGACUUUGCAACUUGCGAGUUUGCUCCCUUCACAGGAAAUCCCUUCACCAGCUGUUACCUUGGAAGAGGAGACUUUACAUACCUGUGCUGUGAAACUCCUGCGUGGGCAUGAUCAAGUUGCCGCACUACCGGAGUAUGUUGAGAUCCUCGCUCCCCCUAGUAAAAGCUCCAUUGAAGAUGAACUCCGCACUUGGGGGCAUGACUGCAGGGUGAUUCUUUGUCAACCACAUGAUGUCGCAGUUUGCUUUCCUCAAGAUGAGGGGCCCACUUUGGAGCGAGUACACUUCAUCUAUGUCAAUCAGGAUGCCACUGACUCUGCUGGAGUUAUUCUACAUUCGAGUGAAUCUCUGAUGCAUGAGAUCUGUCACAUGCGUUUUCUUCACCAGUUGAGCUAUGAGAAGGCUGUCAUUCUGGGAGAAAGAGAGUGCAUUGCAGGUCUCAAAGUUGUUGAUUUCCAGGAGUCGGUUGGAACAUUACAACAGAAGCAAUCGCGGCCACGGUCUCCAAAAGCUUGGCCACCUACACGACAACCUGUUGCCCAGUUUACGGAAGUCUUCGCCAAAGAUCAGCAACUGACAUUGAAUCCAACAUGCGUGUUGCAGCUUGGUGUGGGUUUCUCUGACCUUGUGAAUUUCUUUCAGUCAUCAGGGACCUUGUGCGAUUCAUUUGAGGGCAUUGACAUUCCUGAAGUUGCUCGGCCUUUUGUGGACUCUUUGCAGCCCGUCCAGAGAUAUGAUCGCAUCAUCAUCUAUGUUGACGGCUCUUCUCAAUCACUACAGAAGCAUUGUGCCCCUCUCUGGGUUGAUCUCCAUGGCAUACCAGAUUCAUGGGCCUUUGUGGCCAUUGGAGAGACUUAUGAUGCGCCACCAGAUCAGGCCUUUUGUCUUCUUGGAUGGCAGGCGCAACAAGUUCGGUAUGAGGAAACCAGCCCAGCCUUUGCAGGUGCCCUCAGAAUUGGUUCGCUUAUUGCUGAGCGUGAAGGACUGUUCUUUGCAGCGCUUUGGCGUCUCUGCCGCAAUGAGAACACGGCCACUCUUUUUCGCAGUGAUUCGCAGUUAAGCUGUGAACAGGCACAUGGCACGGUUGGAUGCGCCGAUCUUGACUUGUCAUUCAUGUUGUUCAGGGGCAUUUUCCAAGCUUUAGAAGCUUCGCUCCCAUUUGGGCAUUUGCAAAUUGAACACGUUCACGGUCACAACGGUGAUGCUCUGAAUGAGAUCGCGGAUAUUUUGGCAAAGACGGAGGGCACCAAAAGUUUUCAUUUGCCAAGACAGCCCAUUGAUCUCCGCCAUUGGAAACAUGUGAUUCCACAUUUGUGGCUCCUCUUUGCAGAACAUCAUGGAGGUCCCAAAUUUUGUGGACAUGGCUUUGACAUUGAAUGCCCGAGUUUGCCUCCCGCACAGACACCUGUGGGUGCUGAUGAACAACAACCAGCACCACUUACCUGGCGCAGAGCAUCUUGGACACUUAGCAUGGCAUCUGCUAAUGUGACUACGCUGGGCUUGGGCACCGGGGGAUAUCAAGGAAAACUUGAUUUCCUGCGAGCACAAUUUGUUGCGUUCCAUUUGCAUCUUUUGGGUGUCCAAGAGGCCAGAUCACAAGAGGGCACGACUUUAGUUGGAAACGUGUUACGGCUUUGUUCUGGAAGUGCAGGUGGCCACCUUGGUGUUGAGUUAUGGUGCAAUUUGAAUCAACCAAUUUGCUUUGUGAAUGGUGCUCCCAUCUUUUUCAAUGCCGGAGAUUUUCAAGUUCUGCAUCGCGAUCCCAGACGUCUCCUUGUCCGCACCACAUCCCAUGACGUGACUUUCCUCCUUUUGGUGUGUCAUGCGCCUCAGAGCGGAGUUAGCCUGGCAGAACGAAGUGCAUGGUGGACUCAAACCACAGAAUUGUUACAGGGUUUGGGCAAAGGAGAUCAUCUUUUUCUCAUGACAGAUGCGAAUGCAGGUCCCGGUGAAGCAGAUGGCAUUGCGGCUUAUGAGAAUGGAUUCCGCACUAGCAGUGGCACUCCCCUUUUGCGGCAAUUUCUUGACGAACAUUCUCUUUGCCUGCCGUCUACAGCCUCCUUUCAUACUGGUCCAAAGCACACAUGGAUUUGUCCAGAUGGUUCUCAAGAAUUCUGCAUUGAUUUCGUUUUGCGAUUCCACGUGAGUUUUUCUCCUCUUGCACAUGGUCGCAAACUUUGGAAGAUUUCGAUCUUGGACAACAACACAUUGACCAUUUGGCAGUUGGCAUUGAACUCCAAUGGAAUCAAUGGACCUCCUGUGCUUCUCGGGCCCGGACUGGAACGAGUUUCGACCGCCACCGUAUUCGAAAUUUGGGCACUGCGGAGCCGAAAGCUUCAUCAUCGUCGACAAUUGCGUGUCGUCCAGAAGAUCAUCCGCAAUGAAGCCAUUGCUCUUUGCUUCCGGGCUUGGAAGAGGGAGCAUCUUACACGUGAAGAGGCACCAUGUGCUCUUGAGUUUAUGGAGGGGUUUGCUUUUGGGAUUUCACUCCGUUGUGGUGGCCUCAAACAUGCGGCUGGUCUCAUUUCUACAGCCAAGCAGCUCCGCAAAGAACUUCGUUCUGCCAAGAGGGCUGCUCUGGCGAAGGUUUUUGAUUCCUUUUUUGCCAAUGUCUCAGCUUCCACUAUUCUCCAUGAAUUGAAGCCUUUUAUAGGCACAGCAAAUGCGAAGAAAAGAGGACUUCAACCGCUGCCCUUUGUCAUGGAUGAGAUUGGCAUUCCUUGUGCCGAUCCUAUUGCUGCCAGAGAGCGUUGGAUUCGCUUUUUCAUGCAGAUGGAAGCUGGCAAAAGGAUGGACGCCACUGAGCAGAGAGAGCGUUGGAUCAAGACAUUGCAGUACCUUCGAACUGACCAGAUGGAUGUUGCGAUCCAGGAGGUUCCGACAUUGACAGAGCUGGAGCAGGCCAUGAGACGCACUCGUAUUGGCAAGGCUACUGGACCUGACCACCUUCCUGCGGAAGUGUUUCAUUACUUCCCGGCCGCAAUUGCCAAACAAUCCUUUUCCCUGAUGCUGAAGACCGCCCUCCAAGGGCAAGAACCUUUGCUUCACAAGGGUGGCUGGCUAUUUCCUCUUUGGAAAGGGAAAGGAGACAAAGGAGUUUGUGACUCAUACUGUUCCAUCUUGAUCAGUUCACAUCUGGGUAAAUGCAUUCAUCGCACACUCCGCAUCAAACAUGCUAGUGUGUAUGAGAAGUACAUGCAAGCCCAACAAAUCGGGGGCCGAAGAAGAACGCCCGUGACUUUAGGAGUCCAUCAGGCUCGUGCAUUUCAGAGGAUUCAGGGCGCACGUGGGAGAUCUACAGCACUCAUCUUUUUAGAUCUCACCGAAGCGUUCUAUAGAGUCAUCAGACAGUUGGCUUUACCAUUGGAAUGUUCAGAUGAGCUCUUAGCACAUGUUGCAGAACGCCUUUGCCUGGGGCCAGAUGCUUUGUUUGAGCUACAUGAGCUUCUUGGGCGUUCUUGUGCGGUUGCAGAUGCCUCAUUGCCUUUACAUGCACAGCGAGCAUUCAGUGCCCUGCAUCUUGACACACAUUUUGGCCUACAUGGCCAGUCGGAUCGAUGCGUCACCGCCCUUGGCAGUAGGUUUCUGUCGUUGGACAUUAUGUUCAUCUGGGCGGUGAGUUGCAUCACAGCGGAGAUCUACGGAGUGAGGAGACUUUUGCGGCUCGGCCCUGAAGAUCAUGUGAGCGAUGUGGAAGUCUUGGUUUUGACAGGCUUACCUUCGCCCACAGAGCUUUUACGAUUGGCGCGUUUGAGAUAUCUGAGCUCACUGAUCUCAGCGGGCUCCGAAGACCUUGGAGACACAGCCUAUGGGUGCAUGAAGUGUUGCAAAGUUUUCAAGAACAAAGCUGGAGAGGGCUCGCAUAUGCACAAAGCUCAUGGAUAUGUACAUCCUGUUCGGUUGCUUUUUCAGGGCACGCAGUGUGCCAUUUGCCUUCGUCAGUACUUCACAUUUGCCAAGUUGCAACAACAUUUGCGAUGUGUGGAGGCUUGCAGGACACAAUGGUAUGGCCUUUCGUGCACUCUUGCGCCAGCGCCGGGCAUUGGAUCCUGUGUCAAUCGGGAUCUUGAGCAGGAGCAUGAUCGUUUGCUGCCUCCUUUGCAAGCCCUUGGUCCUCAACUUCCUCCAGGUCAAGAACGUGAGUUUGACUCUGUUGACUGGAAACUUUUUGCUGAUCUAUCUUUGAUUCUCUAUGACACACCGGGUGCAUGUUCCCUUGAAGCGGAGCUCAGGGACCACAUUCAGUCGAGAACCAUCUCCUGGAGCACCUGCCUUUGCACUCUCACUGCGUUGCUUGAGCAUCUUGAGAUUUGGCGUUUCGGAAUUUGCACAUUGACCAAUGGUGGUGUCAGAAAGUCAGAAUGGCGUUCAGCCUUGGAAUUUAUCGUGGAGAAGAUGGGUGCUGAGAACUUACGCAUCACCCAGCUUCGCUUAGGCACAGCCUUGCUGUGGAGCAUCGUCACCUGCUGCACCAUCUAUCGCUGCUGGGACAUGGCGCAGCUGCGAUGGGUUUUGAUGUUUCACCACCUAUUGGCUGCUGCUGGGCUGGAUGAGGGCUUGCUGAUGUCCUUCUCGGCCUCGGAGCCGUUUCUCCAGCGGCUGCUGCGUCCAGGCUCCCCGGUGACCCCCUGGAUGCCAGGGCUGCUGCCGCGGACGCAGACGGUGCUUGGUGCCUGUGUCUAUGCCAGUUUUCUGCUGAUGGCGAUUUUUCAGUUGAUCACCUACCGAGUCUCUGACAAGGACGUGAUGAUCUUCACUGGUGUUUUUCUUCUUGCUUGCACCUUUGACCGUGGAUUAUUUCAUUCGACGCGACCAUCAGAUAUUCUGAAGUUUUUGGUCUCAACCUUGCUGCCUGGGUCUGAAGUCAACACUUAUGUGCUGCUGGCUUGUUUGUACUUUUGGUCUGGUAUGUACAAACUAAGGGGAUUCUUUCAUGGAUUCGUGUUCCAGUACCAGUUCUUGAAUUUCUCAGGCAUCUCAUGGUACCUUCGCAACUUCUACCUCACCAAGGACUAUCUCCCGCGUGCUGAGUUCCGUGCCUUUGGUGCACUGGGGACUUGGAUUGAAAUGCUGGCGGGCAUCGGCAUGAUACUGACGGCUCUGCCUGGCUACGGAGAGAUCUUUGUUUUGUUGGCCGUGGCAAUGCACGUGUUCAUUUUCUUUUUUGGCAUGGGUCCCUUCCGCUGGAAUCUGAUGACCUGCUACAUGCUAUUGGUGUCCUCCAAGCUUUGCAUGGAAGGUAAGAUGGGUCCAAUGGACUCCAUGGAGCCAAGUCAUCCUGCCAUGGAACUGGCUCCUGCAUCCAUGGCCUAUGUGGCCUUUUUUGGUUUGGUGAUUCCAAGCAUCGGAUGUUUGGAUCCGGAAACCCUGGGACGAUACCUUGGUGGCUACCGUAUGGCCACCUUCCACUUUGCUGGCAACGAGAUGUACCACGCCCUGCUGAUCUCCAAGGCAGCACUGCCGGAGAACCAGACCUCAACCGGCUCCAUACAGCGGCUGUUGCGGCAGCGAGCCCAAGAGUAUGAUCGGGUCACCGAGGACCUGGAUCUCUUUACGGCGCUGUUGUACUCUGACGGCCUAGACGUGGAAGGCGCCUUGCGUCGGGGCUGUGGACGGGUAGAACCCACCCUCGACUUCGAGGACUUCGACCAGAAGUACAUGUUCGUGCCCAUCACAUGGCUGAACUGCCGCGGGCCGUUGCUGAACACCAAGUGGGAUGAAUCUUUGCCCAUCACUGAUAGCUUCGUGGAGCUUGUGCUGGAUGCCCUGGGAUAUGCCGAAGCUCAGCUUCCUCGAGGUGUGGCCCUUCUUUUUGUGGCACAUGCGGUGCCAUGGCUCUGUGGACAGAGGAAACGUGUCGAGCUAUUCGAUCUUGCGGACUCCAAAUGGUCAGACCGACGUUGGUGCGAAGAUGCUGCGCUACCUUGGACUUUGCUUGCACAGGCAGCAAGCCAAACCACGAACUGCAGUGAUGCUAAAGUGCCACUGCUUUGA